UCGGCUCGAAAUCAAAAUGGCAUUAAUGUGCAGAUCCCUUGUCUUAUUACAGCAUCUUCCUUCUCCGUCUGUAACUCCUAUUUUACGAAACUACCCCUUCAAACCGCUGAAAUUAUCCAGCCUGCCCAUCUCCCAUCGCUGCCGUCAGUCUCCAGCCUCCUCCUCAUCCGCCGCUCAGUGUUGUUGUUCUUCGUCUUCGUCGAUGGAAUCUCCACCGGAAGGUUACAGAAGAAACGUGGGUGUCUGUCUCAUGAAUCCUUCCAAAAAGAUCUUUGCUGCGUCGAGGUUGGAUAUUCCCAGUGCUUGGCAGAUGCCUCAGGGUGGAAUCGACGAGGGUGAAGAUCCGAGAGUUGCAGUCAUGAGGGAGCUUAAGGAAGAGACUGGUGUUCACUCUGCUGAGAUCAUCGCUGAGGCACCUCACUGGGUGACUUAUGAUUUCCCUCCAGAUGUUAGGGAGAAGCUUAAGGUCCGUUGGGGAUCUGACUGGAAGGGCCAAGCUCAGAAGUGGUUUCUUCUGAAAUUCACUGGGGAAGAUGAAGAAAUCAAUCUUCUUGGUGAUGGAACUGAGAAACCUGAGUUUGGGGAAUGGUCUUGGGUAUCUCCUGAUCAACUCGUUGAUCUUGCAGUGGAUUUCAAGAAGCCAGUAUACAAGGAAGUCAUGUCAGCUUUCGCUUCUCAUCUCCAGUAAUACACAUAACCAUAUCUAACUCCCUGCUUUUUAAGUUUUUUGUACCAAACUCGAAGAAUAAGCUAUUCUUGAAAUACAUUUGCUUCUUGAAUAAUCCCAUGAACCUGAAUACAAUUUUGUUUCCUUA